UAGAGAGUCACGUGAGAUAGACAUGGGACAGUACGUGAGACGUGAGAUAAUGGUGGAAGGUGGCAGUCGAGCAGUGUGCGCGGUCCGUCUGAAUUUCGCGAGGAAUUCAGUUUGUUGCUGAAUUUGUUCAGUUUCGUCGGUGUAUCUGACUAUAAGAAGCCAAGUGUUGCUCAGUGGGCGUUGUGAAGAAUAUUUGCGAUGACUGAGUACUGGCUGAUUUCGGCUCCUGGCGACAAGACCUGCCAGCAAACAUGGGAGGCUAUGAACAAUUUAACAUCCAAGCAGAAUUCGCUGUCAUCAAAUUUCAAGUUUCACAUACCCGACUUGAAGGUUGGCACUUUGGACCAGCUCGUCGGCCUUUCCGACGACCUUGGUAAACUUGACACAUUUGUAGAGCAGGUGACACGCAAGGUUGCUACAUACUUGGGGGAAGUUCUCGAAGAUCAGAGAGACAAGCUACACGAAAAUUUGAUGGCCAACAACAGUCAAGCGUCAAUGGACGGGGAGAUUUCACCCCUCGGCGGGGAGCCGGACACUCCGCCAAACACACCUGUCACCCCGUCACACAAGACUUCCAGGGAGCGCCGUGAACAAUGGAGGGAGACGGAAGAACCAGGGUUGACAGCCUCCGUAGGUCAGCAUCAUCGCCAACGUCAUCAUCAUCACAACCACGUCCACCUCAACCACAACCAUCACAACCACCAUCACAAUUACCACCUUCACCAACAUCCUUCAAACUCCGAAAAGAAACAGUCAUCCAGUUCCCAAGGCACCUGUGAAGUUCGAACUCCAAACGAUUCGUCGUCAAUGUAUUCGUGCUACCACACCCAUUGGUGUGCGGCUUCCAAUCCAUCUACCCCAAGCCCAAGCCCUACCACCGGCAGUCCGUCUCCCUGUUUUUCUUCGGAUGAUGAAAAUUGCGACCAUAACGAACUGGAGAAGACGGGGCGGUCUGGAAUUGUGAAAAAAACACGUCACACGUCGGCCGAUCAUCAGUCAGAUGACAACGACGACGCUGACCAAGAACAAGACCAUAGCAGCGAUUUGCCCAGCCCAGGUGACCUGCCAUCGUAUAUAACAAGAUUCCAGUGGGACAUGGCCAAGUAUCCGAUAAAGCAGUCUCUUCGUAAUAUUGCCGAUAUAAUCAGCAAACAAGUAGGACAGAUUGACGCGGAUCUCAAAACUAAGUCGACAACUUACAACAAUUUGAAGGGAAGCUUGCAAAAUCUCGAAAAGAAACAAACAGGGAGUUUGCUGACUCGUAACUUGGCUGAUUUGGUCAAAAAAGAGCAUUUCAUCCUGGACAGCGAAUAUCUUUCGACGUUGCUCGUAAUUGUACCCAAAUCUGCCAUCCCAGAGUGGCAUGCUGUGUAUGAAAAGCUGACUGACAUGAUAGUUCCUCGCAGCACACAGCUGAUCAGCCAGGAUCAGGAAUACGGGCUAUUCACCGUAACCCUGUUCAAGAAAGUUGUCGAAGAAUUCAAGUUACACGCUCGGGAAAAGAAGUUCAUUGUUCGUGAUUUUACGUACAAUGAGGAAGAGCUAGCAGCUGGUAAAAAUGAGAUCACCAAACUCGUAACCGAUAAAAAGAAGCAGUUCGGACCCCUGGUUCGAUGGCUGAAAGUCAACUUCAGCGAAUGUUUCUGUGCUUGGAUUCAUGUCAAAGCUUUACGUGUAUUCGUCGAAUCGGUCCUCAGGUAUGGACUCCCAGUCAAUUUCCAAGCCAUUCUAUUACAACCAAACAAAAAGAGCAGUAAAAGGCUGCGGGAUGUUCUGAAUCAGUUGUAUGCCCACUUGGAUUCCUCUGCUACGUCCGGUGGAAAUGCACAGUCUGGUAACCAAGAUAGUGUGGAGAUACCAGGUCUGGGUUUCGGACAAAACGACUACUACCCUUAUGUUUACUACAAGAUCAACGUAGAUAUGGUCGACAACAAGGUAUAAUGAAUGGGUAUCAAUUCCACCGUUCCGCAGCACACGCUCUUCUCCUUCCUAACUUCAUCCAUCAGUAUCCUACGCCCGUUAUGUGCAAGGAAUAUCAGGUAACGAGUGCUUGUUGAUAACAGUCCGAACUUUGCCGUUUAUACCAGAAGUGUUGUAUCCUCUGUAUACAUGCAAUUAUAGGCAUGCCUCUAUAAAUAAGUCAAACCAUUGCCAAGGUUGAUUAUGUUUAAUAUUUUUGUUAAUUAACAAAAAACAACGACGAGAUACCACUAUGGUUGUUAACGUCUUACCAACUGCUUUGUAGCGACAACAACAGUUGAGAACGAGAAUGUGAUGCUGGCAUUGAGUUUUUUAGUAUCAACGGUUACAAAGUUCGGAAUAAUUCGCGACGUGUCUAUUUGUAAAUACUGUGUGCAGACAAUUGAAAAAACAAAAAAGCUAAUAUAAUCAGACCCGGUCAAAAGUUUAUUCGAUAGCUUUGCUCGUUUGGUUGACCGGAGAAAUCCACCGUUCCUCGUCGCAAUAGCACAGAUGAAAUAUUUAAGUGAAUAAUUAUAAUUAGGUAGAGAAAUACUUGACAGAUUGCGGACCAAAUAACGCUGAGGCACGUUUUCAUUUUUGUUUUCGUUCAGAUUCGUCGAAUUGUGUUAAUAAAUAUUCGUUAAAACACUUAAUUUCGGGGAUUGUAAAUUGAAAUCAAACCAAAAAGACAAUAACUUUCAUUGAGAUGUGGCUCAGUGCUAUAUGUUCCUUAGUAUCUUUGUAUCAUGUAACUGGAACUACACCGUUAGUAUUAUGAACCGCGAUACGAUAAUUAACGCAGGCCGAUGUUUAUAAAAUACACAAUUUUCGGAAUAAUUCCUAUAUUAGUUAUUUAGAUAGAUUUAAAUCGAUUUAGCUGGAACUACGAGCUAUCUCUUCUUGCUCUUUCUCAUUUUUUAGGCGCGAGAAUCGUCCAUUUGCUUUUUCGCGGGAAAAACGUAAAUCCAGUGACGAUAUGCUGCUCAGUAUUCAUCGAGUUCAGUUUAGAAAUAAUGCCCAAUCCACUUCCAUCGUGGUAGUUCAGCCCUAGUGGCAAUAUUAUUUGCGUAAUUAUAUUUCAACGCUUUAUUCGAAAUCACCUCGAAGCCUUUCGCAUGAUUGGUUUAUCGUAGUACGGAUUAUUUUAAAAAUUUUUUUCGAACGAGAAGUAAUUCCAAAAAUUGGUAGAAAUCGCGACUGGGUGAGGUACCUGGACCGUCUUUAAAAAUCCAAGCUCAGAUCCGAUAAACACAAAAAUUGAGUACGGUCUACGUCGAUCGCAUUCCAGAACUAUCGAAACUUGUAAUUAUUUACGGAGGUAGUAGCACGAUACGUUCGCCGUUGUUAUAAUAAAUACAUAUUCUAUACAUACAAGUAGCUUGCAUCGAGGAUGUAAAAACGAUUCAAUUCAUGGAUUUUUUCUUCGUAUUCUUAGACGUAACUUUCGCCGCCAAUGAGGAUAGGAAAAGAGCGGAUAUCGAUCUGCUCUGAAUGUUUGGUUUUACAAAUUGAAACAGGUCUUGUAUAUGAUAUCACUUUAUUGAAUAGAUAUAUCAUUAUAAAAAAAGGUAAGUGAACAGAAAACGUGUCUAUGACGAACAGUAGAAAGUGCAUAUAGCUCCCUACCUCCAUAUUUAAUUGCAUUAUAGUUCUGUAAUAUUGUAUAAUUACAUGAAGAUAAAUUCAAUCUAAGAUAUAGAAAUGAAGUCCAGCAAUAAUAUUGGUCGAAACGCGAGUAAAUAGGCGGCUGACUGGUCAUACUCAUAUCGAUUGCGAAAAUAAUGGAAUAUAACAUAUUGUCAAUCGAAACAAACAAACAUAUUUCUCGACAGAUGUCCAGAAAAUUCCCGAUGUUUGUUGCAUGAUUGAAAGUUCAUCCACUAUAUUCCGAGACAAUUUGAAUUUCGGGAAUUCGGUCAGAUUAGUACUCGUAAUAUUUGAAACGUUGCGCAUUCCAAAUUAAAAGUAAGGCGUCUUGCGUGAUGAAAGUGAGAAAUACAAAAUUUCAAAAUUGGUAAGUGCUAACAUCUCAAGGAAGGUGGUAUGUCUUACCUCGUCUGCUUGCUAUUUUAUAUUUAUAUUGCUAAAUAUUGCUAAUGUUGUACCUGUAUCCUAUACUUACAACAUUUCCUGAUUUAUGUCCUGAUUGGGGGCUGUUUCAAAUUGCGUUCAUUGAUAUGACUCAGUUUUAUUCGUAUUUUUUGUUCUCAUAAAUAAAUUUUAAUGUUAGACAUUUGACUCGAACAAAAGAACCAACAGCCGGCAAACAAAGCGAAGGUUGGGACGCGCCAUACGUAAAAAUUGAGAUGGUCUCUGAUUUUUAUGAAACAUUAUGCGAUAAUUUAGUUGGCAGCAGGUCGAAAGUAUAAAGAAGCUCGCUUAUCAUUUCUGUGAAUAUAUUGUUAUUGUAUAAUGUAACAAAUUUGGGAUCGAAGAAGAAUACGGCAGAGGCAAAAUAUUGUAAUUUGUAGAUAUGAUUGCAGGGACGAUUUAUUGGUCGUUCCAUCUAUAUUAUAUUAUUAUAUAUUAUAAAUAAAUAUCACGUUCCGUUAUUGUAGGUAUCAUUAA